AUGGAUGUGCUUGACGAGAAGGUCAACGGAGGACCGCCUAUGGACAUCGAGGAGCCCGUGUCGGUCUUCGACCACGAGGCAUUUGCUGCAAAGCACAUGCCCGACUUGGGCCACGAUGUAAAGGAGUUCAAAGUGUACACAUGGCACCUCACCAACUGGAAGAAGUUGGAUAAGAAGUUGACCAGUCCGGAAUUCGAGUGUGGAGGACAUCGAUGGCGAAUACUGCUCUUCCCGUUCGGCAAUUCCAAUGCGCCACCAAAUGAUACCGUUUCGGUGUACCUUGACUAUGCGGACCCCAAGCGCGCGCCCGAGGGAUGGCAUGCUUGUGCACAGUUCGCGCUUGUUAUCUCUAAUCCCCAUGAUCCUACGAUAUACACCGUUAGCCACGCACAUCACCGUUUCAUCGCGGAAGAAUGUGACUGGGGAUUCACGCGCUUCAGCGAAUUGCGCAAGUUGUUCAAUGUCCAAGAAGGCCAAAACCGACCAACGAUCGAAGAUGAGGCCGCUGACGUCAGUGUCUUCGUGCGCGUACUUGAGGAUCCUACCGGAGUCCUGUGGCACAAUUUCGUCAACUAUGACUCCAAAAAGGAGACUGGUUACGUUGGUCUGAAGAAUCAAGGUGCAACGUGUUACAUGAACUCCUUACUGCAAUCUCUAUUCUGCACACGAUAUUUCCGCAAAGCUGUAUAUCAGAUCCCAACCGAGGAUGAACACCCUACUGAAAGUGUCCCGUUAGCUUUGCAGCGUGUAUUCUACCAUCUGCAGACAUCUGACCAACCCGUCGGAACCACGGAAUUGACAAAGUCGUUUGGAUGGAAAUCACUGGAUUCUUUCCUGCAGCACGACGUACAAGAGUUCAAUCGUGUAUUGCAGGAUAAGUUAGAGACGAAAAUGAAGGGCACAGCCGCGGAAGGAGCCAUCCAGAAGUUGUUUGUCGGGAAGAUGAAGAGCUACAUCAAGUGUGUCAAUGUCGACUUUGAGUCAUCCAGGAUUGAGGAGUUCAACGACCUCCAACUGAACGUGAAGGGGAUGAAGAAUUUGUACGAGUCAUUCAGAGAUUAUGUAGCGGUAGAAACCCUGGAGGGCGAGAACAAGUACCAAGCGGAAGGGUAUGGUCUGCAGGAGGCGAAGAAAGGCAUCGUCUUCCUAUCGUUCCCUCCGGUCCUCCAUUUGCAGCUGAAGCGCUUCGAGUACGACAUCCAGCGUGAUGCGAUGGUGAAGAUCAACGACCGCCAUGAGUUCCCAUUUGAGAUCGAUCUCGAUGAGUUCCUCGACGAGGGUGCAGACAGGUCGCAGCCGUGGGUGUACAAACUCCACGGCGUACUCGUGCACUCGGGCGACCUGCACGGCGGACACUACUUCGCGCUCAUCAAGCCUGACCGCGAGACAAGAUGGCUCAAGUUCGAUGAUGACCGCGUAACACCCGUGACCGACCGGGAGGUCAUGGAGGAGAACUAUGGUGGCGAGCCGUUGAAUGGUCUAGUGCCGCCGAUGCAGCGCAACCAAGUCCGAGCGAUGAAACGGUUCACGAAUGCAUAUAUGUUGGUCUAUAUCCGCGAGUCGGCUAUCGACGAGGUGCUCGCUCCUUUCAAAGAAGAGGACACGCCCGCACAUCUCAAGAAACGUCUUGACGAAGAGCGACUGCAGCUUGAAGCCAAGAAGCGUGAGAGGGAGGAGCAGCAUCUAUACCUCACUGCCAAGGUCAUCACGGAUGAUACAUUCGCUCACCACGAAGGCUUUGACUUGGCGACGUUUGAUGAGAGGAACUGGCCUCCAUCUGACCUCCCCACGUUCCGUGUCCUCAAGAACGAGACAUACAGUACUUUCAAGACGAGAGUCGCUCAGCACUUCAAUUACCCUGAGAACCAGAUCCGUCUUUGGGUGCUCGUAAAUCGACAGAACAAGACGGUCCGUCCAGAUACUCACAUACCGGAGAACGAACCUGGUCUCACGGUUGAGGUCAUCCGAAACAACAUGGCCGUUCGACAGCAGAAUGAUCUCCGACUCUAUUUGGACGUCAUCCCCGACCCUGCUAAGCCGGAGGUGCCUCCAGGUGCUAUCAUGAUCUUCCUCAAGCACUUCGAUACGUCGAAGCAGAACUUGUACGGUGUCGGUAAAGUAUACGUACAGCGAGGCAGCAAAGUCGGCGACCUCGCUCCCAUAAUAAAUGAGCGGAUGCGUUGGACACCGGGGACGCCACUGAAGCUGUAUGAGGAAAUCAAGCCGGGCAUGAUUGAGGUCAUGAAGCCCAAGCUGACCUUCACUCAAAGCGAGAUCCAAGAUGGUGAUAUCAUUUGCUUCCAGGUCGACAUAAGUGAGAAAGAAGUGCACGAUCUCGAGAGCCAGGGCCUCUACUCGAAUCCGAUGCAAUACUACGACUUCUUGCAGAACCGUGUCAUGGUUAUGUUCCGUCCCAAGUUUGAGGAGCCAACACAGGAUAAUCCGGAGUUUAAGCUGGUUCUGAGCAAGAAGCAGAACUAUGAUAUUAUGUCCGCUAAGGUGGGAGAGCACCUUCGACAUGACCCAAUCAAGCUGCGGUUUACAACGACGCACGCUACGAAAGAAACUCCGAAAGCAAUCCUCAAGCGUUCGCUGAACCAGAGCGUCGCGGAGAUCAUCUCGCCGAGCUAUGUCAGUCCGCAGACGACAGUGAUCUUGUACGAGAAGCUCGACGUGAGCAUCGUCGAGCUCGAGACGAAGCGUAGUUUGAAGGUCAUCUGGACUGGCAUCCACAACAAGGAGGAGUCGACACAUUCAUUCCUACUGCCGAAGACGAGCAUGGUGCACGAUCUCGCGGAAAGUCUUUCGAAGCAGGUCAAGCUCCCCCCGGGUGGGACGGGCAGGAUCCGCGUAUUUGAGGUGUCGAAGGACGGCAAGACGCAGAAGGAGUUCACAGGCUCGGAGAUGAUAGGAAAUAUCCCGGAUCCGGUGGAGCUGUAUGCGGAGGAAAUCCCGAGGGAAGAGCUCGAGGCAGACGACGCGGACAAGGUCAUCAGCGUGUUCCACUUCUCGAAAGAUGUCUCACGGACGCAUGGUGUGCCGUUCCGCUUUGUGGUCAAACCUGGCGAAAAAUUCUCGGAAACGAAGAAGCGUCUACAAGUGCGGAUAGGCGUGUCCGACAAGGACUUUGCGAAGUACCGCUUCGCGCUCAUCCAGGUCGCGACAUUCAAGCAGCCGUCGUACAUCGAGGACGACGAUACAAUCUACGAUCACAAAUUCGCUCCGGAAGAUGUUCUCGGUUUGGACCACGUCGACAAGUCGGGCAGGACGAGGACAGGUGCGGGAGAGAAGGCGAUUGUGAUUAGAGGCUGA